UGACCCUUUUAGUCAAAUCACAUUUCAAAUUUCAGUGCGCGCUCCUGCACAAACGACGAAAGAGCCGGAGGAACUGAUAACCCGCUUCACCGUUAACACUAGUCCGUUUCUGCCUUAUUAAUCCAUCCUCGGAAAAGUACCACAAUGUCUGAAGAAAAGCCAAAGGAGGGAGUGAAGACGGAGAACGACCAUAUUAACCUCAAGGUAGCUGGUCAGGAUGGGUCAGUUGUACAAUUCAAAAUCAAAAGGCAUACUCCGCUCAGUAAACUAAUGAAGGCAUACUGCGAAAGACAGGGAUUGUCAAUUCGUCAGAUAAGGUUUAGGUUUGAUGGACAGCCAAUUAAUGAAACGGAUACACCUGCACAGCUCGAGAUGGAGGAUGAGGACACAAUUGAUGUAUUUCAACAACAGACGGGAGGAGUCUGUUCUUAAGUCGGAUGUGGACUCUUGGAAGAAUGUCCACGUCAUUAUUUUCAUGUUGGUUUUCA